UUGCCAAGCAACCAGUUUACUGCGCAUGCGCAUCUGAUACUUUCAGCUCUGACGAAAAAUGGCAGACAAGCGAGCCGAUUCUGGCUCUGAAAGUGAUGCUGAUGAUGCAGUUGUUGGCAAUCUUAAUAAGUUCACUGUACUCCCACUUGGAUACAGUGGCAAACCUAAACCUGGACAUCUCAUCUUUGAUGCAUGUUUUGAAUGUGGUAACCUUGGUCGUGUUGACUACAUCACAGAGCAUGAAUACGAUCUAUUUGUUAGACCCGAUACCUGUAAUCCUAGGUUUAGGGUCUGGUUUAACUUCACAGUGGAGAAUACCAAGGCAGAUCAGCGUGUGAUAUUCAACAUUGUUAACUUCAGCAAGACGAAGAGCUUGUACAGAGAGGGCAUGGCACCGAUGGUUAAAUCAUCAAGUAGAACAAGAUGGCAGAGGAUACCAUCCAAGAAUGUGUACUAUUACCGAUGUCCAGACCACAGGAAGAACUAUGUGAUGUCCUUUGCUUUCUGCUUUGAUAAAGGAAGUGAUCUCUACCAGUUCUCCUACUGCUACCCUUACUCCUACACUCGACUACAAACAUACCUCUCGGCCGUGGAGAAGAGAAGGUUGGACUUUGUCAAGAGAGAACUACUCUGCCUCAGUGUGCAACAGAGAAGGCUGGAUCUUCUAACGAUAACCUCACCUGAGAAUCUAGACCCUGAUGUAAAGCAGAGAGUAGUGGUUAUCACAGCUAGAGUACAUCCAGGAGAAACACCAGCUUCAUACGUCUGUCAAGGUUUGCUAGAUUUCUUGUUAAGCCAGCACCCUGUAGCCAAGGUAUUGCGUGAUCACAUUGUGUUCAAAGUGGUUCCUAUGCUCAAUCCAGAUGGUGUCUACCUAGGGAACUACAGAUGUUCAUUGAUGGGCUUUGAUCUGAACAGACAUUGGAAUGAGCCAUCUCCAUGGGCUCAUCCUACUCUACAUGCUACCAAACAACUCCUAGUUGAUAUGAAUGCUAACCCGAAUAUAGUGGUUGAUUUCUACGUUGACAUCCAUGCUCACUCUACGUUGAUGAAUGGUUUUAUGUAUGGCAAUGUAUAUGAUGAUCCAGUAAGAUACGAGAAACAGGCCGUCUUUCCUAAACUAAUGUGCUCCAACGCUGACGACUUUUCAAUGAUGAAUACAUCAUUCAACCGUGAUUCCGUGAAGGCAGGAACCGGACGUCGUUUCCUUGGUGGAAUCCUGGAUGAGAAUUCUCUGUGCUACACUCUAGAAGUCUCCUUCUUCUGCUACACACCCAACUCAUCAUCUACUGUAGUCCCAUAUGAUGAAGAUGGUUACAUGAAGCUAGGAAGGAACCUGGUCAAGACGUUUCUAGAUUACUACAAACUCUCGUCUUUGAUCACACCUAAACCAGCAGCUAAUAUAUCAACACUCAACCAAUUCAGGAGAAGAGAGAAGUCAGCUAAAGGAAGCAAAGGAGAGAGCGGUAAAGGUGAAAGACGAGCUAGCUCAGAGAUGAGCAAGUACUACACACAGAGGAACAAUGUGGAUAGUCAUAGCGCCCCCACUGUCAACGGAGGUCCAACCGUACAGCUGAAAUUCAACCAGAGGGAAGCAAGGAGAUGAUGACAGAGAGAAGAUGAAGAGACUCAUUUGAAUAGUGAAGAUGAAACUUUUAAAAUAGGGACAGUCUGAAUGUUAGCGGAUCAUUUUCUGUGGGUUAAUUGUAAGAGGAUUUCAAAUGAUCAGUGUAUGAGUAAAGAUUCACUCCAAUUCCACCUGUUCAUUCCAAACAUGGAGCACUGAUACAUUGCAUAUCCUAUGUCUUGUAUCUGUAUUCACGUGGAUAUAGGUAAACAGGUUGA